AUGGGGGACAGCAGCGUAAACCAUGAAACAAUUGAAGGGGAAGGGAAGAGGGGAGGAGAAGAGGCUCCGUUCCCUCUGACGGACAUCGAUAGGUGGGUGCUGGCGCAGACGGACGAGGAGUUCCAUCUGCAUGAUUGGGAGGAGCUGAAGGGGAUUGUUGCAAGAAACAGCCUCGAAGUGCUGAAACGCAAGCCCUCCGACCUUCGCCGCUACAUGGACUGGACCGCCCUGAUCAAAUCCCAAUACGGCAGUACCACAAACUACCUGCUCCAAUGCCGACUUUCAUCUUGGGGCUCCCCGCCCUUCGCCUAUGUAUCUCCCAUCCCGUUCAGCUGUCCGGAAGACUUCAAAAUCCUGAGAAACGAUUGGCCUUACGGCCUGACGACCGACAUCACGCACCUUGUAGUGUGGAGCAAGACACCCAUUGCGGUCGAUGAGACGACGGGGGAUAUGAGUGUGGAGAGUAGAAUGGUCAUUGAGAAGUUUGUGGAAAGAAUGUUUGUGCACAGGCUUGGGGAGGGGGGAAAGGAGAGGGUGGUGUGGUUUAAGAAUUGGGUGAGCUUACAGAGUGUGAGGGCCCUGGAGCAUGUGCAUGUGCUGGUGAAGGAUGCGAGGGAGGAAGAUUUGCUAUUUUGGGCUGGAGAGAAGAGGAGAGGAGGAGGAGGAGAUCAGAUGGAGGAUGGAUGUUGA